CUCAGAGAGACACGAACGCUCGCACAUUUUGCACGCGGCUGUCUGGCGCGAGUGUUCGAGGAAGGAGACCCGACUUCUGCUCACCAAUAAGAAGAGGACAUAAUCUCUCUCUCCCUCUCUCUCUCUCGAUCCAUCUACAAGACGAGCAAAAUGGCGUCUAGCACCUGCCGAUUCCAUCUGUGCCCAGCUGCGCUAUUGCUCCUGGUGGCCAUGUCAUGUCUAGCAGCCCAUGCCCAAGCUGUCGACUGCAGGAAGUUUGUCUUCGCACCAGUCUGUCGUGGAAUCAUUGCCAAGCGUACGAUCUCUGAAACGCGAUCUUCGCUAAGGCCAGAACCCAGUCCCAGACAGUGGGGACCCCAGUACGCACCUGCAACGGAAGACGAAGACGACGGACUACUACUCGCUCAGUCGUACGAAGAUCCCGCCAGUUUGGAUCCUCGCUCGAGAAAGGAUAUGGUUUUAGUGAGGGCUGGAGGAGACAUUGUACCGGCCUAUGUGUAUGGAAUCUUCGAACGAGGCUUACAGGAAGAGAGAAAAUAACUCUAUCGUUAAGAGAAAGUAAAAAAAAAAUGGACAAAUACACCAAAAAAUAUAAUAGCAGAAAAUAAAAUGAAGUGGAAAUUGUGACUAAUAAAAUUAAGUAAAAUACAAAAACGUUAGUUUGAUGUUACUUUACAUUUCAGGUAUGGCUUGCCCAUCUAAAAUGUGAAAUUUGUGAAUGUUCAGAAAACGAAUAUAAACUAAUAUCAACCAAGGAAAUGAGAUUUCACAGGCAGACACAGUUCAUUUCCAUGCUGUUGUUCAUCAGUGACUAUAAAUUCGGAGGAUUAAUCAUAGUCUGUAGUAGCUACACGUGUGUGACGAACAAGACAUUCUAGCGAAAAAAAUGUAUCUAUUCAUCAAAUGGUGGCUGUUUCUUCCUGAGCUAAUAAAUAACAUAUAAGAACUUUCUGGGUCAGCAUAGGGUGUUACAAAUGACAUCAACUGUCAAUUUAGCCAUCUCCCGCCAAAGAAAUUUAAAAUCAAUAAACACUGCAAUGUUUCACUAUAGUCUGUGUUCCGAGGAAAUAUUCAGUGUGGAAUGUAAUAGAUAUGUUGUUUAUGAGCAAAUAUGAAUAUACAAGUUCUAGUAACUGUUUAUGAAAAAAAAAAUUUUUGUGGUGCAUUGCCUACUCCGAAGCCCUAGUACUAAACAUGACGGAAGCUCCUCGGGGCGCCGUAUUUACGACUAUAGUAGAUUCACAUCAACCGUGCCUCUAAUGUCUAGGCCAGUCCCUUACGACACUCCCGAUUGGCUAUUGAUAAGCCGUUCACAGGGCGGGAAACUCUCAGUCUCUCGAGAGAGUUCACAUAAGCAGGAUGUAUAUUCCACCUCUCCUGAGGGAUACGUCUUUCAAAGGUAUCCCUCAGGGGAGGUGGAACAUACAUCCUCCUAUGUGAACACUCUCGAGAGACUGAGAGUUUCCAGGCCUGUGACUGGCUUAUCUACAGCCAAUCAGGAACGUGUCGUAAGGGACACAGUCUUAGACAUCAGAUGCACGGUUGAUGUGAAUCUACUAUAGCCCCUCGGAAAUCAAAGCAUAAUGUACGCCCAUUUUUAUAUUGUGUGGUCGACGAAUAUAUAUCAAUAAACGAUAUCUAUAGUAUUUAUCACGACGUCCCAAGGAGCUUCCGCCAAGCUUAGUACUAGCGCACCUUGGAGUAGAUGCUACGUGUAUUACAAGCCAAAGUAGCACCGGUUGUUUUUUAACACCUCUUACAAUUACGUUAUAUAUGCUUAUAGAUAAUUACUAAGAAAUGGAAAUUUCUAGACCAUAUCAAAUACGUUUUUAGCAAGGCAUGACUGAAUGUUUUAUUACUUAUUCCACUACGAUGACCUGCAAUAAUUACUUUUGAAACAGCACCUUAAUCGCAGUAUUUGAACACGGUUGCGAACGGCAUUAAAGAUAACCCACCGCCAGUUGCUUUUUUUU